AUUUUAGGAAUAGGCACAGUACAAAAAUCAUAAAGCAGGAUUUUGGCAGAGAGCAGAAUGCAUUUUAAAGCUCUAAUCGCGUCAGCCGCUACCAUGUUUGCUUGUGCACUUUAGAACUACUCAUAUGCUACAGUAUUGUGUCAUAACAUUAAGACAUACUGUGCUUUUAUCAGGUGUUAUGGUUGCAUAAAUGCUAAAAAUGUGCUAUUUAAUCCAGUUGGUAGGUGAAUGCUAGGCAACCAAAUGACAUAAUAACAUCUGAUGAUAGAUAAGAACCCCGAGACCUGCCAAGUUUGGUUGCUCAACUCCUGAUAACAUAGAAGGAGUUUGCAUAGAGAUGUGGAGCAUUAUGAAAAAUUAUUUUUUACAUUUAAAUUAGCAGAAGUGAAACAAAGUGAACCCCGGGUUCACGUUGUGUCCAUAGACUUGUAUUGGACAGAAAUUUUAAAUAGAUUAGAUGAAAUGAUGUGUGUGGUAGAGGCUGAAUUAUCAGAAGUGGUUUUCCCAGCAUGGUGAGAAGAUUAAACGAAACUGUCUCCAAGCCGCUGCACAGGGAGGUGUGUGCGUGGUUGUGGCUGUAACCAGGAGGCCGGGUUGCAGGCUGAAGAUUGCUGGCCACGCCCGAGGAGGAUGCCACACACCGUCAGCGGAUCAGCAUCGGCGGAGGGAGCUACUUAAUAGUGUGCAGCCUCCACCGACGCGGGAUGAUUCUGUCACGGUUUGCCAGGGCAAGCCGUGAGGAUGUGGAGGAAAAUAGGACCCAAAACGCUAACGUCUCAGGCUCAGAGGGUCCCAAGUGACAUCUUGCUAAAACCUCUCCUCCACAAUGCGGCCACUCUGUUUUAUUUUACCAUUACUGUGCUUCCUACCUUUGCUAUCUUCUAACCCUGUAAAGCCCACUUGCAGUCCAACACAGUACAGCUGGCCAUAUAUAUCACCUACGUUUUGUUGUGAAAAGUGCCCUGCAGGUGAGUUUAUGGCCAGACGCUCACAGACAAACUGUGACCAUAAAUGUGAACCCUGUGAAGCUGGGAAAUACACAGCCGGCUACAACACGGCGAUGAACUGUGAAUUUUGUAACAGCUGCAGCAAACCAAACAUGGAGGUCAAGACAGAAUGCAGCGCGACUCAUAACACUGUGUGCACAUGUAAGGCUGGCUACAAGUGCAAAGACCAAGAUUGUAACGAGUGUGUAUCCACAGUCAAACCCACCGUCCCUCCAUCUACUACUGUGGCGACACCUGAUGUUACCACCACCAGGCUCGCCACUAAACCGAUUGCAGAUACGGUGUGGUUCCUGGUGAUAAUUGCCCUCCUGUGUACAGGAAUUGCACUGGUUGUUGUGACAAAAAUCAAGCCAUUUUUAGUCUGGAUUAGGUUCACUCACGGGUACUUCUUGGCUGAAAAACCUGCCACACAACCUGCAUGUGAUGAAGAAGUGUCCAAGCCCGUCCAGGAAGUGUGCGGGAAAUGUGACCAACCUAUGUGUUAAAGACCAGAUC